CGCGCCUUCUACAUGGAAAUGACGGAGAAGAUGUUGAGCAAGUUCCCCGUGAACAACCCUAUCAUCAAGAGCCUUGGCUUUCUGCGACCGGAGCUCAGAGACAGCACUCCUCCUAAAUCCGUCUGCGACCAGGCCGUUCGCCUCGGAGUCGGGACGGUUGAUGCCAUACAGGAUGAGUUUGUAGACUACCAGUUGAUGGCGCACAGUUCACUCCCUGCCUACAAGAAUAGUAUGCCACUCGAUCCAUACUGGGCAGCUAUCUCGAAGGUAGUUACGCCCCUACAGAAGGUUCGGUUCCCCACCCUCGUUGCGCUGGCUUUCGCCGCGCUGUCGCUACCGCACUCCAACGCCGAUCCUGAGCGCUGCUUCAGCAGUCUGAAGAAAAUCCAGAGGGACGACAGAGGCAACCUAAACAAGCAAGCGAUAAACGCCCUACUGUCCUUGAAGUACAACUCCAAAACGCCGUGCUUUAAGACGGAAAUUACGUCUGACAUGUGUGCUGAGGCCCGUAAAGUGUGUAACUAG